AUGUUCAAGGGCACACUUCAAGGUCACUCGGAAACUCAAGGUAACAUUUCAAGGUUACACUUAAAGGCACAUUUCAAGGUCACAUUUCAAGAUAACACUUCAAGCCACAAGCUACAACCUCUUGACAGAUCUGUGUACGGACCACUGAAAAAGUAUUUCAACCGAGAAUGUGACUGGCUGGCUAGUAACCCGGGAAAGACUAUCAAAACUUAUGAAAGACCGGAGCUGGUUAAAACGUCACUACCAUUGGCUGCUACAAUUGAAAAUAUUCAAUCAGGAUUCGGAGUAUCCGGGAUUUCACCAUUGAAUGAAAACAUUUUUUCUGACUCCGAGUUUAGUGGUUCUUAUGUGACAGAUAGGCCGAUGCUCACUUCCCCUGAUGGUGAUAAUGCUUCAGCAUGUGAUGUGACAACAGUGUCUGUUCCAUCGUCGAAGAGAUAUGAAAAACAAAAAAGAGAGACAUAUAAGAAGAAAGAAGCAGAUACAAAGGACAGAAUAGAAAAAGAAAAAGGGAAGGGCAAAGGAAAGGGUAAAGGAAAAGGAACGGAUACAGUUGUUAAAAUUGUUGAUGACAGUGUCGAUGAAAAUGACGGUAAUGCUGUAGAUUCAGAUGACGAGGGUACGGUUUGUUUAGAGUGCACUGAAUCCUAUGUCGAUAGUGUUCCAGGCGAACAGUGGAUUCAGUGCAAACCUUGUUAG